AUCAGUCUUUGCACAACACCUCAGGCUGCAGAGAGGUGCUCGUCAGACCAGUUCGACUCACUGUGUCUGUGUGUGUGCAGACUGAAGAUCAAAUUUGAGGAACUGGGAUUGGUCCGGACCAUCUGUUUUUAGUAAAACAGAUCUUCAAAAAGAAACGUGGGACUGAUUUAAGCUCAAACUACAGGAGCUCGACUGAACUUUGAAGGUGUUUUAAUUCAUCACAGUGAGGAUCUGACAGCCCACAGGUGAGUGCUGCUUUCUACCUCCUCAGACUACGAGCUCAUUCUUAGUUUCUUUUUCUCUUUUCAACAACUGUCAAAGCAUUUCUCUACACUCAAUAACACUAUGUUAUUGAUUGUGUUUCAUUUGAAUCUUAAAUCAUAAAUAUUUCACUGUGAGAAUUUUCUGUCCUGCUAGGAACCAUUACACCUUUCUUUCUCUCUUUGUUUCUUUCUUUGCUGAAUGACAUGUGCUGACUUGUGUUCAGAGUCUUCAAAGUGAUGUGGGUCAUAUUAUGCUUUACAAACAAGCUCUCUUUGGUAAAAGUUGGUUGAAAUUCCUCUUUAAAAUGUGAAGUAUUCACACAUGGCAGCGGCUUGAAGACAUACAGCAUCUUACAUAAGUAUUAAGUAAGAACCUCUGUGAACAUUUUAAUAUUUUAACAUGAUAAAACUCAAUAGUUUGGCACAUUUACUGUCAAGUGAAUUGAUUUCUCUUACAAAUAUCUGCCUUUUGUUGCUUAAUUAUAUGUUAAAAAGCCUCAGUAAGUCAAUUUGAAGUCCGGAUAGUAACACUAUGCUGUGAGGUAAAGUUCAAGGCAGGUGAAUACUUCUGAGUACUACAAGGACUUUCCUUAUCUGAGCUUAAGUGCUAAUUUCCUUACUGUAAACAGCAUUGGAUACCACUUAAUUCUACACAAUGUCUGUACGUCACCAUUGUUUAUCGACAUGUAUGGCGGAAGCACCUGGAAUUUUGAACCUAAGUUACCUUAACAUAUGCUGUUUAGAUCAAUCAAAGGAUAUGAGACAGAUUACUAGAAACCUGCGUUUGCUUUUUAAGAAAAACACUUUUCACAGAUGUUGUCUAUCGCUAUGAUAGACGACUAUCAUCUGUGAUCCGCUAAGGAGGACUAAAAAUAGCCUGUCUGAACACAGUAGCUACAAACUCUCAGACAGAGACCGCACACACACAUGGGGCAGAUUUAGGGCCUUGUUUACCCCCUGACUCAAAACCCUCAGUGUGAUUUAUUCUCACAAUUACAAAAUGUGUUGCUGGAAGUGCUUAACUUCUUCUUCCUAAUGCCAAAUUCGAAACUUAAACAAUUCAGGGAGGUAAUAAAAUCCCGAGUGAUCUCAGGCUGGGUGUGGCUCUAGCUUUGCACAUGCACAUGUAGGCCAAUGGUGAAGGGGAGGGUGACACAGCCAGGUAACACACCUGGAAACUUCCUUAUUGUGGAGCAGGAAGGAAUGAGCGUCAGACUGCUAUCUGAGAGGUACGGAAGGAUUCUACUCUUUGCUUACCUAUUAUUUUCUCCUUUUAGAGUUAAUUUCCACGCUUUUCUUUGAGAUGUACUCAAGAUAAGUCCACAUACUUUAAAGUUGUUGUUGUUUCAGCUUCAGACAUGCCUUUUAUCAAACCUGGUUUUGCUUUCUACUUCCCAUGUAUCUGCCACUUAAGUUCAAUCUUUUUACCAAUUUUUUGCUUCGAAAUCCUCUCACUUCUACUAAAACGGUAGUAUUUUUGAGCUCCUUGAGAAAAAACAACUUCCUGUCAUGUUGGAGCUUCUUGCCUUGAGUAAAUUAGAUUUGAUGGUCUGUAGUGUGUUCUUUUUGGCAGGAAGAAAAUAUCAAGAUUCAUCCAAUAUAAUUAUUUUGGCUCAUAUUGUCCAAACAAGGCAGUGACAGGUCAGUUUAAGAGGACCACAAGAUCAAGAGUUAAAAUAUCCACAGUCCCCCGAGGACACAGCUGUGUUUUUCAUCACUUUAACUUCCAUAAAUACAGUUUUAUUUUCUUCAGAGAGAAACUGUUUUAAGAUGUGUCGUCUGUCUAGUUGUGUGUAAUGUAUGUGACACAGCUUUUAAAGUUCCUAAUGUUAGAGUAAAUAAAGUUAUUUGACCAAAAUACUUGACAAUUUCCAUGAAAUGUGACACUUGAGGCUACAAUCAAACACAGUGAAGCCUUAAGAAAUGUAGUUUGUCAUCAUUAAAGAGACCCAAGCUGUAGUCACUACCUCUGUGUAAUGAAAAAGCUACUGUUUUGACUUGAAAAUACUAUUUAUAACAUUUCACAUCUUACCAUAAAAGCAUUUACUUGUAUUACUGUCUGGAGGGACUCUUGGUCACAGGCCAGUCUGCUGAUCUAGGAAUGAAGUAGUAGAUUUACAACACACAGUUUUAUCCAAGAAACUGCUCAGGGUCAGAAGUCAGAAGUCAGGGAGGGAUGAGAGCCUGCCCACGUAAAGCCUCAACAAAUACUUUAUAAAGUCAUAAACUGUCUGUUGUCUGUCAUCACUCUGCAGCUGUGAGAGUUCAGCGUGUGCAUCAUGUUCUCCUCCACUAAAGCCUACAAAAACCAACACUAUUCGGAGCUGAGGAGGGACUGUAUCAGGGACAAGACGCUGUUUGAGGACCCAGAGUUCCCAGCCAACAAUUCAUCGCUGUUUUUUAAGAAACCACUUCCUGGAUAUGUGGAGUGGAAACGACCUGGGGUGAGUGGCACAGGGUCCAGCAGGGAAAGCAAUUAUGGGCUCUCUGCUAUGCCCAUGAACUUUGUCACAAUUUACUAAACAAGGGAGCUUAGUUUACCCACACAAAGUUAAUAAGAUAAACAAGCAAGAUUAAAAAAAUAAUAAAUCUCACAGCUAUAACUCUAGAUCAGAUAAAACAAACUUGCACUUACAUCAAGUUUUCUGUAUUUUUCUCAAAUCUGUCUGGCUAUUUUCAUUCUGUUACAGGAGAUUAGCAACGAGCCACGCCUGUUUGUGGAGGGUAUCAGCGCCCACGAUCUAAACCAGGGACAGGUGGGGAACUGCUGGUUUGUUGCUGCCUGUUCCUGCCUGGCUUUAAAGCCCGACCUGUGGAAGAAGGUCAGUGAACUCUAUACUAAUAUUGUGGAUAAGAGAGAUGAGGGGCUUCUGUAAUUUAUGCUGAAAAAAUAAAGAGUGAAUACGGUUUCUCUUAAUGAGGCAGAGCUGGUUGUUCAAACAUGUGAGUAACUUCACAGCACUGUUCAAAUCAGGACAACAGGAAUUUACCUGAGGGGUUGACUCAUGAUUUACGGCAAACAAAAUUCCUGUGGGAAAAUUACUUCACAGUAGGAUACUGUUGCGUUCUGUUUGCUUGAAUACAUAAUAAUUAACAUUUCAUAAUCUUAACACACUGUUUUAAGACUCUUACACUGACAAUUACAGGAGCAAGAUUCUUUUUUUUAACCCAAAACUAAAAACUCUAAAGCAACUGAGAAACUCUUGGGUUUAAAAUAAAGUUUCAAUAUCAAGUUUCUAUCAAUUUUUUCUUGCUAAAGGAUGCAAUUUAAUUUUAAAACAACCUUAAAACUGUAUCUGAACAGAAAAACAAGAUAAAAUGACAACAGUGUCUGCAAAAUUUUAAAAAGUGCCAGAUGAUUAACCUUGCGAAGAAAGAUUUGAGGGGAAAGUGUAAAGUCCUUUGUUCAGAGAGAUGUCUAAUAAAAAUGCAAGAGAUGGAGCCAAUGUGAGUCUUUCAAAGCUGACCAGUUUUAUCUCUUAACAACUUCCCUCUGGUUUGAAGAUAAGACGAAGUGCCCUAUCGGAGACUAAAUAAAUAGGAUGUGUAAAUACCAGAUCCCCUUUACUGUGCAAACAUCCUAACUCUGGAUGUCGUAUUAGGUCAGUGUCAGUGAUGUAUAACUUUGAGGUUUUUUUUUUCUGCCAAUCACUUUACAUUUGAGGCCAUUUUCAGGGGCAUGUUCAGGUGGGUGGCCAGGGGUGGCAUGGGCCCUUGAAAAUGUGAUUGGCCAUCACCAAAACCACCAAGACCGGCUGUGUUACCCAGUGUUGAUGGCCCAAAAUACCCUUUUUGGUUGUGUUGCAAGGCUUUGUGUAGCUUUAUUGACUUGAUUGAUUGAUUAAUUGAUUGAUUAAUGGAUGUGCAGACACACAACACUUUAUCUCACCUCUGCGCAAGUUAGAACAAGGGGUUUGGAAACCCCUGUCUACAAAGUCUGUACACACCACUGAACAUUAUUGACAUUCUGCAAAGCUGCAAUAUUCAGUGGUUGGUUUGUCCCGCUGAUAUGGUUGAUGUUGCUCAACUGUUUGUUUGUUUGUUGUGUGUCUUUAGGUAAUUCCUGACCAUAAGGAUCAGGAGUGGGAUCCCAAUCACCCGGAGAGCUAUGCAGGGAUCUUCCACUUCCAGUUCUGGGUCUUUGGGGAGUGGGUGGAUGUGGUGGUGGAUGAUCGACUGCCUACGAUUAGCGGAGAACUCAUCUACUGUCAUUCCAAAGACAACAAUGAGUUCUGGAGCGCUCUGCUGGAAAAAGCUUACGCCAAGUACGUCAACGUCAAAUUUCAACUGCAGUUCAAUGGGUCACCUAACGAAGACUAGUCAUGUUAUCUUCUCAGUGACUUUAAAUGUUAUAAUGCUUGAGGGUGUUUUGCAGGAACAUCAUUGCAAUCUUGAACUAGGGGGAUAAAAAGUACUACUUGUUUUCUUGUUAUCGAUUUGGGAAAAAAGGAACAAAAAUAACAAAUAAAUAAAAAUUAAUACAACUUUUAGUGAAGGCUUCACUUUUAAUACAGGGCUAGAAACUGUUAGACAAUGCGUCCAAGAGAAAGUUAACUUUUUAAUCACACAUCUCACUUUCAAUUGGCACAUAAUCCUUGGACUUUUUCUUUGCAAAAUCUCAACCUUUCAACUCCAUCCUCUGUGCCCAGGCUGGCUGGCUGCUAUGAGUCCCUGGAGGGAGGAAAUACUGGAGAUGCUGUGGUGGACUUCAGCGGGGCCGUGGCUGAGGCCAUCAACCUAGAGACAGAAGCUUACUAUAAGGACCAGAAAAAACAAGACCAGCUGUUUGAGGAUCUACUAAAAGUUUACGAUCGUGGAGGAAUCAUAAGCUGCUCCAUUAAGGUCCGAACUCACUCUGGACGUCUGUCUCUUUGUCUCUGCACUGGGGCGAUAGAGUUAUUGUUUUCAUGAUUUCUUCUCCCUCAGGCACAGCCUCAUGAGAUUGAGGCCAGGAUGGCUAACGGGUUGGUGAAAGGCCAUGCUUACUCGAUAACUGCAGUGAAGAAGGUGCGUUUGGGUCACGGGCUGCUGGCCUACUUCAAGAAUGAAACCAUUCCUCUGAUCCGAAUGAGGAACCCCUGGGGCAAGACAGAGUGGAAAGGAGCCUGGAGCGACAGGUAAGAAGAGGUUUAAGGUCAAACCAUCUACAGGCGAAGGCUCGAAGGUGUUCCAAUUUUUCGAAGUUAGGAAUCUAUUGAUUUAGACUUUGAUGAUCACUCAUAUUAAUGGAUGAUUUUUCUCAAUGAGAGAAAGCGAGGCCAUCUUAUACCUAUUCAAGAAUAACGUGUGGUGAUAAUCAGUAUCUACAGUCAACUCUGUGGAGUCAAGGCAUGUGCAGAGGUGAUCUGAGAGUGAAGAUGCAGGAUUAACAUCACAUCUCCCGUGCUGACCUAAAAAUGCACAUUUAACUUACAGAGACAGGGUCAAAAAUUCCUCAGUUCCAUACUAUCAGCAGCAGAACAGACUCUACAUCCACAGUUAUAGAAAGUUCAAUAACUCUUGUGUCUGUUUUUGUAAUUCACUUUUCAUUAGUUUCAACUUUUUCAAAUAUACAUGAACAUUUUAAUUACACGUAUCAUAUUACACAGGACAAGCAGCCGCUUGGUCUACCCCUCACAAAGAGACCAGGUUCAUGUCCAGACCAAUACAGUGAUAAAAAUAGGGCUAAUAUCAAACCGUGCAGUAACUUGUUCUGUGUUUUGUAAUGGAGGAGGCAGUUUUUUGAUCUACAGCGCAGCCAGUCUGAGGAGGGAACACUAAGAAUUUUGUCUGUAAUAUUGUAAGCUUUUUGGAAUUUCCCCCUGUGGGACUAUUAAAGGAACAUCUUAUCUUAUCUUAUCUUAUCUUGUCCAUCUUCUCACAUAGUUUAUGGUGCAAACAAACAUCUCGAUCCUACUGUGUAAUAACAUGCUCCAAAGCUCAGUGGGGUUAUGUACAAUCGUGGAGAUGAAAGUUGCAAACCAAAUUGUGUCUAAAACAAAAACUUGAAGUGGUGUAUCAAAAGUGAUGGAAGUUAGCUCAUACUCAAUGUUGUUGAAGGAUUGCUUUCUGCUAUAAACCACUUUAAUUAAAAAAUCAAAUGUAAGUUCAGUAGAGUUUAAGUUUAAAAGAUAUUCAUUUCAUUUUUGUAUCUUCAACCAAAUUAAAACGAUCUUGUUGGUUUUGUGAUUCGUCAGCUCUGAAGAAUGGUCAAAGGUUGGUGACAUGGAGAGGGGAAACCUUGGCAUCGUUGUCGAAGACGAUGGAGAGUUCUGGUGAGUGAUCAUUUCUCUCUGCUCACAAAAGCCUACACCUGCGAAGUUGAAUUGCUGUUUUAAGAGUAAAGAUAAAGUUGAUUUUUUUCUUCUACACAUCAACAGGAUGUCUUUCGAAGACUGGUGCAAGUUCUUCACAGAUGCAGACGUCUGCCGCCUCAUCAACACGUCUCUGAUCAGCAUCCAUAAGACGUGGCACGAGGUGGUUCACAGUGGGAGCUGGACCAAAAAUGCAGAGCCGCUUUUAAACCGAUGUGGUGGGUGUUAUAACCACAAACAGACAUUCCUGCAGAACCCACAGGUAAUACAAGCUCUGAGCAAACCCUCCUCACUUUCUGUCUUCUUCCACAUUUUUCAUAUAUAUUAACUUGAUUUUUACCUCCUCCACAGUAUUUGUUUGAUGUUACAAAGGAAGAGGAUGAGGUCUUAAUCUCCCUGCAGCAGAAAGACAUACGGAUGAAGAGAAAAGUUGGUCAAGGGGAAAAUCUAAGCAUCGGCUUUGCUGUUUUUAAGGUAAAUACAUUAAUCUCAUCUUGAUUUUUAAGUGAGCCUUUUGCAAAAAAAAAACCACAUAAGCCCGGGGUUAAUAAGUGUAAAAUAUUUGAAGAGUUAGUUACACAUUACAAAAGGGUCACACUGAGACUAACAAGCUAUGAGGUCAUUUCAGAGGAAAUCGUUUUCGUCUGGGACUAAGUGUUCAUCAAAGGUCAGUUUAUCUUAAGGGAGAACGGGGUCAUUUCAUCGUAUUUUAACUUUCAUUCUCCUCUAAAAUUUUGGCUCUGUUUUUGACGCCUCAUUUGUUGAGGAAACAGUUGUUGGGUGUUUGUAAUGACAGGCAGACAUGACCUGAUACGUUUAUCAGAAGAAAUACAAACCAUUUUAACAACCAUCUAAAUCAAACACGAUUUAAACAAGAUAAAAAAAGCACAUAGUUUAGCUGAUUGUUUCAAGAUGAAAAAAUACAACUCAUCUAAACUUCCAGUAAGAGUUCAGUUUCCUGUGCUCUGGUAAGUAGCUCCUCUACUGAAAUCUCGUGCAUUAGGGGCAAAUUUAGUGGUUGUAGGAGUUUGAAAAAAUCAUGCCAUUACAUUCUUUCCAAGUUACACACUGUGGAUUUGUGGAACCACAACCUCACAAAAGUAGAAAAAAUCCAUUUCAUCUGGUUUGGAGAGUUUUUCAUGAGACAUAAUUACGUCAAACACAAAGAAAACUUGAGUCUGGUCAGUUUAGUAAUGCGUUUUAAGCAGAAGUCCUGUUUGUAAAACUAUGCAGUCCUCUUUAGCAGCAGUAAAACUUGCCAAACCAGACUUUAUCCCAUCGCUGAGAUUAGAUUGUCACAUUAUAAUGAGGCUUUGUAACCUUUGCAGCAAUCUGACAUCGCAUUUCCUGUAAUGUGAUUUACUUGCCAGAGAUCUGGCAAAGUUCAAACACACACUACACACACUUAUCAUGCCGAUACGAGUGCUGCCAAAGGGGACAAAAAGCUGCUGCUAUAAGGAGCAUGUGAUUAAAAAAAGCCACAGCUGUGAGCUUCAACCUGGAUUUAACCACCCUCAUGUAUGGUCACCACGUGAGAGAUGAAUCCCCCUACUUCAUCAGACAGGCUCCAGACAGUCUGUUUAUAUUAUCAUUUAUCUACAGAAUGUUGUCAUCUGCUUCACUUUGAAUUUCCUCUUUUUGAGACGCUAAUCUGUGAAAGAGGGGGACAUUCAGGCAUUAGUGACUUGAUCAAAAUAUCAAAAGAUGUGUCAUUAAAAGUAUGUGGAAAUUUCAUGACAUAUUUUAUUAUUAGACCAAAAUAUCAGGGACAUCUGAGUGAACAUCUGGUACAUCAAUCAACACCCUGAAUUCAAGAAUUAUGGUCAUCAUGUUAUAUUUCAUUAUUAGCUAUCUAAACCUGAGGAUUAGGCAAUUACUUCCUUUUGUUACACUGGAAUAAAGUAAAAUAGUAAAAACUCAUGAAGACUGUUCAUUUGCUGAUCUGCCACCAGGGGGCAGGAAAAUAUAUGUAUGCAAUGGAGAAGAAAAAAAAUCCUCCUGGACACUGCUCAGAUCCUAGAAUAUGGAAUUUAACUCUCAUCUGUUACCUUUGUAUUGUACUGCAUGUAAAUUAUUGGGAUAUUUGAGCUUACCAUGCACACAUUGAGAUGAACAUGAAUUUAAGAAGUGAUAUUUCAAGUGACUAUACUGUGUAAAAAGUCCAAAAACAAGCCUUUGUAUUUUUGCAUUGUAGAAACAUUCAUCAAACCUAAAGUAGAUUAGAAAGUAGGGCAUCUUUUUAGUGUUUUCUUAAUCAAUACUUAUAUUCUUGUUGAGAAUCGGAUUUUUGAUAUGACAUUUACAUAGAGUCUUUUGAACCUGGUGUCAGUUUAGAUGCUCUUUUUGCUUGAAAUGGUCCCAAACUGAGUGAUAAGAGCUUUUUGAAAUCUCUCAGUUAUAAUGAAAAGAAGCUUCAUCACUCCUUUACUAUUUCUUCAAGCAAAGGAUACACCUUUAAAAGAGGAGGGAAGAUAAAAUAUAAGAUAAUAAUAUAUGUAAUAAAUUGCACUUAUUUUAUGUGCACUGCUUUGUGAUUUUUAUCUGUGAAAAGUGCUGUAUAAAUAAACUUGACUUACUUUAUUAAAGUGCCCCUUAACAGUUUAAGCCAACUAAUUUCAGAGUGUCACACCACUUAACCACGUGUAAAAACAAGAAAUCACCUUGACCGCUAUUUAGCUACAUAACCAGGAUGUGACAAAACCCAAGUCUACACCUUUUGGUAACACACUCAUCGCAGAAUUGCCCCUAACUGAGAAUCUAUUAAAUAUUCUCUUCACCUCUACACCAAAUCAAUCCCCACUGUUCUUCUCUUCCAGGUGGAGCUGAACAGGAAGUAUAGGUUACACGACAUCCUGACGCAGCAGUGUGUGUCCACGUCCACCUACAUCAACGCUCGCACAGUGUUCAUGAGAAUCAUGCUCCCGCAGGGACGCUACAUCAUCAUCCCCACAACCUUCCAACCUCUGACUUUAGGAGACUACAUGAUCCGGGUUUUCACUGAUGUGGACUCAGGAUGCAGGUAUGGACAGCUGUGAUGGAGGUGUGAGGUCAAACCAGAGGGAGGCUGGGUUUUAUUUUCUCAGACAGAAACUGUAACAUUCACAUAUUUUAUGAUUAUCGGGUCUUAAGAGACUCUAAAGGGAGAGUGGGAACACUGCAGCAUGGAAAACUUCCAAGAAAAGCACUUGAAUGAGUGUUUUGAGCAAUGGGAACUAAAAGUCUUAUUCCUUUCAAAAUUAAUUUAAUGUUACAAAUCCCUUCUACUGCUAUUCUUGGACAUGAAAUUGUUUGGUGUCUGACUUUUGCUUUGGCAGACUUUAACACAAACCCAAAUCAUGUUUGCUCACAAAAAGGUCAUCCAAGCCGGCUCCUCCUCAAACAAGAAUUGUGUCUAAAAACCCUAAGCAUGAUGUCACUUCCUUUGUUUUCUAAUUAACUCAGAGGAACAUCAAGGUCAGAGUAUCAAGUUACAGGAUAUUUACUCUUAACCCAGCACUAAAAGUCUGCUCUGCUCUCACAGAGAGCUGACAGACGAUAAGCCAAAGGUGAGAUGUUGGAGUUCGUUCCUGGGGUAUCCACAAGUAGUGUCUCAUAUCUAUGUCCAUGGAGCAGAAGGGUUGCAGAACCAGGAGAGUCCAGGAGGUAAGGGGACUUGAUGCAAACCAGAUUUUGCCCAAAGCCAGUAACCCUCUAUUUUAGUUUGCUAAAGUGGAUCUGUGCAUUUUUUAAUGCAGGUGCAGACCCCUAUGUGAUCAUAUCCUGCGAAGGCCGUUCAGUGAGGUCCACCAUCAAGAAGGACACCUUACAACCUGAGUUUACAACCAGUGCCAUUUUCUACAGGAAGAAGCCCAGAAAACCCAUAACUGUUGAGGUAUGAGGCCAUCUUAUGAUCUUAAUGACCUGCAGCAUUAUUGACCAUAUUCCUCCUGAAACCAAGUGAGUUAGAAACAACAACUUUGAAGACCUAAAGAAACAGUUUAGUUGUAAGCCGAAAGACUCUGACUGAAAUGUGUAAAUAUGGAGCAUAGAACACAAAAUUUUACACAAAACAUAAUACAGAUACUGUCUAUUAUGAAGUACCUUAAAGGAAUAGUUUGUAUUUUUUUUUAAAGCAUUGCCACCUUGAUUCAUAUGAGGUAAAAGGGACCUUGUAUGAAAUAAGGUGGAGGGACACAGUGGGCCGACUGGUGGCAAACUAAAGGACUAAAGCUGUUCUAAAUGAAGCAUACAUAUUCACUGACAUACAUGUUUGGGUUGGAGUUUCUUAAUAUUACCUCAUACAACUCCACAAAAAUGAAACAAAACCAAAAACUGAACUAUCCCUUUAAUAAGCGGUCCCUUACACAGUAUACUCAGCUUUCAGCCAGCGUGAAGACUUACAGACUAAAACUUUCACAUGCAAAAAAAGGUCGAUGUACAGUCACUCAUGAGCAAAAAUCUUCAGGACAAGUCCUCGUGUAUAAAAUCAAAUAAGAUAUAUUUUUAUAUAGUGUGUAUUUCUUGUAUAUUCUUAUAACAAUAAUUUUAUUUAUCCUUUUUUUACCUUUUGGACUCAAGAUAAACAGCACAAAUUACCUGUGUGUCUGUGCUGUGGUGUCUGUGCAUGUUUUUUGGUGUCAGUAAAGUUGCAGUGAAUAAAUACAGCGACUUACUGAUCUUGAUGUUUACCAUUUAAACUUUUUUAUUCCAUCUCUCAGGAAUAAAAAGUAAUAUGUACAAACAAAUGGCAGUUUAUAAAUGUGUGUAACUGAGGGCAAAGGAGAAUAUUUUCACUUUCUAGCAUCAUUACAUUGACUCCAUCAAAUCAGGGUCACAAGCCCUCUAACUCUUGCUAAAAAUCCCCACUUCCUGUUCCUCCUCAGGUGUGGAACAGUAACACUGUGAAGGACGAGUUCAUGGGUCAGGUGGUGUUGUCAGGGUCAGUGAAGGACUCGACCGACCCUCAGAGGCUCCAGCUGAGGAAACGAGGGCGGCAGAUGGCUGAUGAGAUGCCCGGGAACAUCAGUCUGAGGGUCAUCUCAGCUACGCAACUCACUGCCAUGUGACCCUUAUCAGUGACCUCAGAGUGGGCGACCCAUGACACAGAGCAAGAUUUAAAACAUUCAACUGUACAUCGGUGUUUUUUCUUAUUUUAAUUCUAUGCUGUGCACAACUGGACAAACUGUGUGACAGUUUGUUUUUACCACUUAAGUCAGUCUUUAAUUGGCUUGUCUUAUCUUUUUAAUCAUUUGUGUAUAACUUAUAAAUAUUUUGUGUUGACAUUUUGCAAAAUACUUGUGAAGAUUUCAUUCCGUUUUAGAGACCUGAUACUGUGAGAGAGAGAAAAAAACAGCAGUAAUUUGUGACUGUCUUAAAAAUCUUUGUGAUUUCCUCAUUUAGAGUCAGAAAAACUUGCCACAUGUAUAAUCCAUAAAUGGUGAAUCAUGUAUUUUUCUAAAGAACAUGCAGUCAUGUUUUUAAAGUUAUUAAAAAAAGCAUAAUGAAAAAAUAA